CCAACACAUCACUAACUCAAACCUCCAAAAAUCGCAAAAAUGUUCCAGUGGGCGAAGCAACAACUCGCCAACGUCGCGGGCACUCAGGAACCCAUUUACGGGCCUGACGCGAUCCAGUCUGUCGCAAAGCAAGCGGAGACGACGCCAUACACUGAGCUGCAAAAGGACGACCUGAAAUGGAUUACGCUUGAUUACACAUGUGUAGAGACACAGACUUUCUACUUCACUGCCGACAACGGCCUCGUCGGUUUCGUCCAGGUCAUUUACAGUAACCUUGCAGGCAUCAGAACGACCUGUCAAUUCAAUUCGAAGAUUUAUUUCCCGGAUGGCCGUUCCCCGAACAUCUGGAAGUCCGACCCGCUCGAGAACUAUGGCCUGGACGAUCAGAAGUUUAGCUUCUACGCGGACAAUCUCGCGGUGACGCUCUCCGAGGAUGGCACUUCCUACACAAUCAAGUCGGCGGUCAAUGAUGACAGCAUCGUCCACCUUACCAUGACUCGAACCGCGCCUGGCUUCUUGGUCGGAAAGAACGGUACCAGCAACUUUGGCACGGAUCCCAACGAGCCGUGGGGCUCCAUGAGGCACUCGUUCUGGCCCAGAUGCAAGGUCGAGGGACACAUCAUUACCAAGGCUGCUGAAUUUGACCUUGCUGGCAAGGGUUUUUUCGUUCAUGCUUUGCAGGGAAUGAAGCCGCACCAUGCUGCUGCGCGAUGGAAUUUCGUCAACUUCCAAGCACCAACAUACUCGGCGAUUAUGAUGGAAUACACCACUCCCCCGUCGUACGGAUCCACCGUUGUCAACGUUGGCGCCAUCGUCAAGGACGGCGAGAUUAUCCUAGCCAAUGCUUCCGGUACAGCUUCCCACACGGAAAUCAAGGGCGACGCUGAAGCCGACUGGCCUGAGCCUUCGGCCGUCAAGUUCAACUGGAAGGGCACCAACAAGGAUGGCAAGGAAGUCACUGCCGAGCUGGCUGGACCGCUGGGACAGCGACUGGACCGUGUGGACGUCAUGGCUGAGGUGCCAGGCUUCGUCAAGAUGAUUGUAGGCAGCGUUGCUGGCACGCGUCCCUACAUUUACCAGUAUGCUCCUGCCGAGCCUUUGACCCUCAAGGCCAAGAUUGGCGACGAGGAGGUGGAAGACAAGGGUGUCCUUAUCUCCGAGGCCACUUUCAUUUCAUAAAUGGGGCAGAUUGUCGUCUCGACUGACUGACUGAACAUUAUGAACGAUCUGCUGCCGCCAACCGGUGGAAGACGGAGGCCAAUAUUCUUAAACUCAUUCGUAUCGACCUACCUCUUGAUUCGACCUUUAGAGAACUCCUCGGCUCUUCCGUCUUCCCCCCCUCUUUCGAAUUCUUUCUUUUGUCUAUUCUUUGGAUUAUCCAUAUUAAUAAUACCCAAGG